AUGGCUUCUCUUAUUCAUAUCUCGGGUCGUCGUGAAUCUUGUAUAGAAGAGAAAAGAAUAUCUGGAGAAGUAUCUUCCAACAAGGCUGAAGAAUGCAUAGAUAUACAUGUACCACCAAAUCAAUUUCUACGAUUGAAUAUUUUGGAGCUGAAACUUUACUCUUCGGAUUGCAGAGCCGUUAAGCUAGAAAUCAUUAUCAAAGGUUCUGAAGAUAAAUAUACGUUCUGUCGGGGUGACAAAAUUGGAGAUCCUAUUACUGCUCUAACUGACGCGAUAUUGAAUGCUUACGUAACAGCAGUUUUCACUGUUCUAAUCAUUCUUGCAUCCCGAGUGAAAGAUUGUGAAAAUGGGGCUGAUGAAGUUGGAUGCGAAACAGGUAUAUUAAGCAUUAAAGGUGUCACGGAGGCGCGUACGAGCGAAAUAACAUGGAUAAAAAGCAAGCGUUCUUCUUCUUGGGGAUGGCAUGAAAAUACUCCACGAGUUCUAUUUUCUCUCUUCUUAUCAGGUGGAGUCAAAUUUGACGGAACAAUCUAUGAGGAAGAAUUAAUGGCAAAGCAAACAGAGCUUAAGACUUCUAUUUCUCUGCUUAAGAAUCCUCUCUCAGCAGAACAACUAAGCAUGUUUAUAAACAGCUUAUUGGUGACGUGUCACAACCCUCGUCAGUUCUAUGGACAGAAUCUGAUAAAGCGUUUAAAAGAGCAAGUGCAGUCUACAACUAACUUUGCGCAUCCAAUAGCAUAUUUAACUCUCUGCAACGCUAAAGAACCCUGGCCGUUUAAAGCAACUUCAGAUCUUAACAAAAUAUUAAGCACCGAUGCUGACUAUACUUUUAUUAGAGAUUAUCAAGCAUUUGCUGUAAUGGCAGUUUCGUGUUAUGAGAACCAGACGAAACUGCUGAAUAAAGUUGAAUAUAGCAGUUUAAAAACCAAUUAUGAAAAGGUCAUUAAACUUUUCAAGGAGACUCAACUCCCUGAUGGAAGUUUUGGAAAUCUACAUACAACUUCCUUGAUAACCCAGGCUUUAAUAUCGAGUGGUCAAGAAUAUGAAAAAGACUGGAAACUCAAUGCAACUGUUCAUUAUCUAUUAGAGCAAUUGUCUUCGCCUCACGAUGUUGUCUCUAGUUCCCUAACUCUUCCUGUUCUCAAUGCAAAAAGUAUAAGUGACAUCUCAAAGGUUAAUUGCACUUUGAAUUCUAGAAGAAAUGGAUAUGAUAACCAAGCUUCUGAAACAAACGACUAUACAGGUCCAAAAAUGCGUGUUCGGUAUUCACUUUAUGUGGGAGACGAAAAAGAUGUGAUCCAUACUAUUUCCCUUAGAGUUCCAGAAAACUACACGGCUUAUGAAGUGAUGAAACUGGCUGAAACAGAAGAUCCAAAAUACACUUUUAUAUACAAAAAGAUUUCUGGUGUGAUGUAUGUGUAUCAAAUUGAUAAAACGAUUAAUGAUCCUGAAAGAGGCUUUUUCUGGACGCUUUAUCAGGGCCAAGAAAAUACUAAUGCAACUCUUAACCACUACAAUUUGAGUCCCGAUCAACUUGUUAUGCAGGAUAAAGAACAUCUCGUCAUGUGGUACAAGAAAGCUCAUUUCUGAAAAAAAGAAAAUCUCAAUGAUUUAUUUUUACUUUAACUAACAAUAUUGUACUAAUAUUGAACUAUAUGAAUAAAUAUAUUAAGAAGUCA